AUGCAAAUUCAAGAUAUUAAAAUAAGUUCAAAAUAAAUAACAGAGUAUACAUUUAUUUGUUCUAUUUAUUUAGUUAUAAUUGGCAAUAGUAAAGUUGGUAAGUCUGCUCUUUUAUUAAGAUUUGCAUAAAUUGUGUGAAAAUUACAUACCAACAAAUGGAGUUUAUUUUAAAUUCAAAACAUUAAAAGUAAAUAACAAAGGUUUGAAAUUCUAACAUUCUGAUACUGCUGGAUAAGAAAGGAUUUCAAAUAAUAUGCUUAUUAGAAAGAAGCUGAUAUAAAAUUAUUGUAAUAUUAAGAUUGUCGAAGUUAAAAAUAUUUAUUAUCUCUUGAUAAGUUUGAAAAUUUUGGUUGAAUAAAAUUGAAAUUUAUCCUGAGAAAAAUAAAAUAAUUAUUAUAAUUAGGAAGCAAAUCAGGCUUAUGUGCAAAAUGAAUAGAAGAUAAAAGGGUAGGGGUGUGCCUUAAAAAUCGCUACUAAAUUGAUGGCCAAAAGAGAUUAACAAGUGUUAGAUAAAAAAAUAAAGGAACAUAAUAAAAAGGUUAUUAUUUAAAAUAUCAAGUAAUUAUAUAGUCUCCAGAUUGAAAUAACAGACUAUUCCUGGUUAAAUUAAUAGUGA